AUGGCUGACCACAUAUUCCAGCCAUCGGGAGGAUAUGAUGGUGACUCUGGCUCUCAAGCUGGAAUCCUGGAGCAGCACAUCGUCUUCCUUUUGGAUGUGGACGGAUUGUCAGGCUUUAUCAGGAACAAUGGAGGCGCAUUCUCGCCUCGAGAUCAGACAGGCCCGCCAGCAUUUUCAGAUGCACCCAGCGGCCGCGAAGGCGACGGUGGCUUUGCGCCGGAUAGAAUGGCUGAAGUGUUGACGCGCAUAUCGCAUGUCUAUACCCAGCUCUUCGGCUUGCAGACUGCAGUUUCCUAUCACAUGAUAAGUACAAAGAGCAGAUUUACGCAAGAGAAGAUCACAAUGCUGAAGGCAAAAAUUGCAAGCAAUCCGGCACUCGCGGAAUUUGGUGCAGGCCUACAGAGCGCGAGGGGUGGUGGUGGUGGUGGUCAUGGCCCGAAAGGGCCAGAAACCCGCACACCCGUCAACGUGCACACGGAGAUGUAUGCGUUGCUGAAGGCGCUAGGGGAGCCAGCACCAGAGGCAUCUGCGGGUCCGGGCAGCAGCACGUGGCUGGAGAACAUGACUUAUCAUGUGCAGCAGACCACUUCGCGGUUUGUGGCGGCGAUGAAUGCUGCUGCGGCGCAGCGAGGUACACAAGUGAAGGCGGCAACCUUUGUCCUCGUGGCGCCGGCGCCGCAAGCAGGUCGUCAGGUGAAGCCAAUCGAAGCUCUGAGCCCGGAGCUGCUGGCGGCGCUGCGGCAGGUCAAUGCUCGCUUCAUGUGGCUCGAUCCUGCAGGUGGCGCGGACGUCAGCCAUAGGGCCCAGAUGGAGGCGGCUGUGGAAGCGGCCGCAGCGGCCGUAGCGAGGGAGCAGGCAGGGGCUCAGCAGUCUCAGGCGCCACUGCCGCCUUUGCCCGACAGCAGGUCCGGCUCCCCGGAAGUACAGCUCGGGUUACUGCUGAGUUCGCAUUGGCGGCUUGAGGGUGCACCAGAGGAAUGCAUGGCCGUGCAGCCUGGACUGGGCCUACCGCUCCUUCCGGUGGCCUGGCUGCCCGUGGCAGACAUUUUCCACUCCAAAGCUGUGCUGGAGGCCAUGGUCCGCCGGAUGGUUGCGCUACCGCCGCCGGGUCCGUACGCACCGCUCCCCUCCAGCUUCUACCUGAGCGAGUAUUACGGCUUCAAGAACCAUUUCACUGGGCUCAAGUGGUUUUAUCGGGUCUGGGUGGAGACCACGAAGCUCACCGCGGCCGAGUACGUGGGGGACAAAGGAGGGGCACGCAGGCUGGAUAUCUACCUUGGGGCCAUGAACAGCAAUCGGCACCUGAAGCUGCCAACUCUCCGGGUCAGAGCAGAGCCCCACAAGGCCGCCGCUGCAGCAAAGGCCGCGCCGGCCGUGGCGAUCAAGGGCGCCUGGCAUAAACGGGGGCCCCUCCCAGGGAGCCAAAACCCGCACGCCAGGCCACCCAUGGCUCCGCCGGCGCUUGUCACGGGCGCGGGACUGCGGCCCGUUGUCCCUGGGUCGGUGGCAGGCAGGCCCGGGCCCGUUCCCCUGACAGCAAGCGCUCAGAUGAACGUGUCGGGGGGGAGCAGCGCUCGGCAGCCGCUCAAGGGGGCCCCAGGGCUGAUGGGCAAGCCGGGUCACGGGUCAGGUCCGCUGGGCGGCCGCCUCGCCGCCGGCUCUGCCGGGCCUGGAGGUGCAAGCAAGCCCCAGAAGGGCGCGCAGAAGGCAAGCAAGCCGCUCGUUCGGCCGCUGGUCGUGGACCCCAACACCGUCGCUGCUGGCGCACCCGCCAGCAACUACACGCUCGGUCGCGCAGCGGGCAAGCGCAUUGCCCAGGCCUUGGAGCAGGGAGUCCUUUCCGGUGCUGGAACCGCCGGUGGCGCCAAUGGCAAGCCAGGCAACGACUUGCAAAGUGGCGCUGCCGGCGGCGGCGGCGUGGCUGCUGCCGCAGGGGCCGCGGCCGCAGGCACCGCCGCUGUCGGCGGAGGCGGAGGUAGCCGCUGGGUUUGGCCUCCCUUGAGCGCUGAGGAGCUGGCUGCCCAUGCGGCGAGGGAGGGUGGCAUGGUGGCCGUGGAUGAUGACCUGGACGUUGGGGAGCUUUUACGGCGUGCAGACGAGCAGAUGCACGAGUUCAUUUCGGGUGACCUCAAGGCCGCGAUUCGCAAAGACGAGAAACAGCUGCGGCGCCAGAACAGGCCGCAGGGGCAACAUCAGAAGCAACAACGAGAAGGAGGAGCGGGCGAGCAGGAAGGUGGCCUACAGCAGCCGGGACGUGACGACAACCUGCAGCAGCAGCAGCCGCAUCCGCAGGACACGGCAGAUGGUCGUAGUGCGAAGCGGCAGCGCGUCACACCCCUGGAGUCAUUGCAGCCCAUUCUAGGAGACGCACGCAGUCGCCUGCGGAGCAAGCUUUUGGUACCCCCAGCGAAGCUGUCCCGCCACGAGGAGCGGCUGCCCGGUUGGGAACCCCCCCUGGAGCUGGUUCUGGAGCGAGCCCGGGCACACACCCGCGAGGUGGUGGAUGCGCUGUUGAGGGCUUCGGAGCGGGCCGUCUCAAUCGCCAUGCGAGGGGUACGGAAGCAAGCUGCGGAGCGGAGGACUCGCCUCAGAGGACCCAACGGGGGUGCUGGCGCAGAGGUGGGAGAGCAGUGCGGUGAGGUGGACCCAGAUGUGGCCGUCGGCGGUGUCGAUGGCCGAGGCGGUGGGGACGCCUGUCGCAAGGGCCUAGCUGCUGGCCGAGGCGGCGGUGGUGGUAUUGGUGGCGGAGUCGGCAGCGCUGAGCGCCAGGCGGCAGCGGACGUCGACCAGGACGGGGUGUAUGCAGCUGCUAUUGACCAGGUGUUUGCGCUGCUCCAGGAGGCCUGGGCUGGGGACGUUAUGGCGAUACUGCGUGAGCGGGGCGCGGUCCGCGGACGGCCUCGGCUACAGCUGUGUGCGCUCAUCUAUACAGCAAGCCGAGUGGUGUACGCUGUGGAGAUGCUCGGUUACCGCCGCCGUAGUCCCCGCGUGCUGGUGGACUUGCUGAGAGAGCAGUUGGACUGGGCGGUGCCGCUGCUGUGUCAUGUGGAGGGCGGGCCGUCCAUGGCGGCCUUGGUGGCCGAGCGACUCAAGCCGGCAUGGGCUAACACCUGGGUCGCGACCCUGUUGGACCUGCUGGCGGUGUCGUACGCGGGAGAGGACCGCGAGGGCAACAACGAGAUGGAGUUCGUUGCGCGAUGGGACUCCGAUGAGGAUUGGGAGGCGGGCAUGGAGGAGGCGGGUGGUGUGGAGGCUGCCACGGACGCCCUGGAGGAGCUCCAACGGACAGCAGCGGCGGUAGCAGCAGCCCAGCAGCAGCAGCAGGUUUCGGAGCUGGGGCCCUCAGACCUGCGGGCAUCCGGUCGCGGCACGUCGGUUUCCCUCGGGAGGCAGGGCACAGGGCGGAAUGCAUCUGCCAGCGGCGGCGGCGGCGGAGGCGCUGGCGGACCCGGCGCCGCCGGGCGCAUCCUCCGCCAGGCCACCGGAUCCGGUCGUCCCGGAGGCGGCAGUGGACCCGGCGGCGGUGGGACCGGCUCCGCAGCUCCGAAUGGGGGCAAGGCCGGUGCUUCACAGCCUCAGGUGAUGGAGGUGGACAGCCUGCGUGGGGUGGUGGUCGCGGGAAGUCAGCGGCCCGCAGUGGGCCCCAGCCGCAUGGCCAAACACGUCGCGCGACUGGACCCCGUCCGGCCGGCUCACAUGAUGCCCGCCAUCAUCGCCCGGCCCAUCAUCCAAAUGGCGCCCGAGCCGCCGCCGGAACGGCUGGCGGCUCUGCGGGAGGAGCACCGCCUGAAGCAGCGCUGCGGCACCGCAGCCGCCAACCUGGCGGACCUAUUCGACAAGGAAGCGCCAACGCCAAUGGCAGCACCGGCUGGAAUGGCGGACGCGCCGACGGCAGCGACCACGGAAAGAAAGGGCGGAAAGGAACCGGCGGCGGCGGCGCUGCCACUUGUGCCUGCUUCGCAUGCCCGAGGUCCCGGAGGUGUAGCACCUGGCGCAGGCGCGGUUGCCUCUCCACCCGGCGCCACCGCAGCCGCCGGUGCGGCGGGCGUCGGAAGCCCAUGUGGGGCUCCCGCGGCGUCGGACUCGUCAACGGAGGUGGGCCCGACGCCGAUGGAUGACGGCGGCGGCGGCAAACACCGGUCGCGGAUUCCUGGCCUGAAUGGGCGGGGCGGUGGCGGCGACGAUGGUGGCGGCGCAUUGGGCCUGGCGCGAGGGCUCUUCACGGAUGCAGACGCAGGCGAAGUUCCUGAGGUCAAGUUCAAUCCCGGCGGCGAUGGAGUGUUCAGCCAAGUCGCCACUUUCCAGAUUGUCAACAAGCCGCGCGCAGCGGCACAGGCUCCCGUCGCCGCAGGCAGCCAGCCAGCCGCAAUGCUUCCCUCCUCCCAAACGGCAACAGCAGCUGCGGCUCCACUGCCGCCACCUGCUGCUGCCGCAGCUCCUCCUUUAUUCGUGUUCGGCGCUGGCAUCCCGGCCCCGGUAACAGGCGGCGGCGCCGGCGCCGCCGCGGCACCGCCGCCGGAGCCUGGCACCUCACCUGACGGAAGUGACCCUGUUGAUCCUGACGCCGGCAUGGCCGGGGCGGGCGAGGCAGCCGCUGAGCUGGGCGUCCGGCGCCUCUCUGGCUUCAAUCCCGUUCCCUUCGACCCGAUGGACGAUGGCGGUGGAGGUGGCGGAGCUGGGGCUGGAGCUGCUGGGGAUGAGGAAGCGGCAGCGGAUGAAUGCCCAGUGAGUGAGGAGCGAGAGGACGGGCCGCCGUCGGGCUGUCGCUUGCAGGGAGAGGAGCACUCCGAGGACAGUCUGAUGUGCCCGCGCCACGGGGACGACGAUGACGAUAGCGACAGCGAAGACGACAGCUUUGGGGGCCCCGAUCCCAUGUCCCCAGUGGUCCGCAAACGGCCGCCGCGAGCGCCUGUGCCAGAUGCUUGCUCGCCGUGCAUGAAUUCUGCGCGGCGUGCCGCGGGUGCUGGUGCUGCCGCCGGCAGUAACGGCGGCCCACCGUCCCGGCUUGCUGCGGCCGUUGCUGGAAACAGCAGCCGCAUUCCGGUAUGUGCACCGGGUCCCGGCAUCGUGCCGCCGCGCUCCCGGAAGGCGCCGCCAGCGGCGGCGGCAGCAGCAGCAGCUGCCGCUGCAGCCAAAGCGGCAGCUGCGGCAGCAGCUGCGGGCCCGUCUUCGGCUACUACAGCGGCAAAGCGCGGCGGCUUGCGUUCAGCAGCGACGAAGCCCCCUCCGCCGCGCUUCGCACCGGUGGAGGUGGAGAAGGGCCGGCAAGCCCAGGGUGCAAAGACACCUGCGCGUCUGCAUGGAGAUGUUCGUUGCGCUCGGCCCCCCGGUAGCGCGAAGGUCAUCAGCCCUGCUGCGGUCCCUGCAGUCGCCGGGACGGCCACAGCGCCUGCGGCGACAGCAGCAGCAGCAGCAACAGUUCCAGAGGCUGCCGCUGCUGUUGCUGCUGCAGCCAUUGCCUUUGUUGAACCGCUCCCGACCGCCACCGAGGCCUCUGGACGAACUGACGAUGGCUGUGCUCCUAUGUCUAUUGAUGGUGGGUUGCGUGAUGAUUUGAUGGAGCCUAUCGACGGCGGGACUGCACAGCUGCGGCGGUCCUUGGACAGCUGCGCCGGCGGCGGCAGUGAACCCCCGGGGGCUCACCCUACUCAGCCAGGCGAACUUGCGCGGCAUCCACCACCGCCGCAGCCGCAGCCCCAGGCGCCUCAGGAGUUGUUGCUCCAAGCUACUACUCUUCCGGUUGAGGCGGCGGCUCAGCAGCCAUGUCAAGAAGGGUCCCUGGCAGGUCAGCUGCCACAUGAGCAGAACUCUACAGGCCCGGGGUUCCUCACCGCCGUUGCUGCCGCUGCUGGGAGCGUCAGCAUCCAUGGGGACGUAGAAAUGGACGACGUGGCCGAAAGCCCACCUGAGCCGCCUGUAACUCUCGUCCCGCCCAGCACAUGCAAUGAGCCCGACGCUCCGGAUAUGAGAGUGCGGGGUGCGGCAGGAGCUCCAGUAGGAGCAGCAGCAGCCGCAGUAGGAGGUGAGGCUAUGGACAGUGGCACAGACAAGCACCGGGAGCUGCAGCGAGAUGGCAUCGAUGCUGACGCCGGCGUUGCUUCCCCAGCGGCAACUGUUGCCGCAGUGUCCGUAACGGCGGCGGCGGCGGCGGCAGUCGCACACGCGUCCACCCGGCCACAGGUACCACCGCUGGCGCCUGUGCUCAGCGGCGGCGCCGGUGCCCUGUGCCCGCAGCUUCGUCCAUCGCUGGCCUCUACGCCGAUGCGCGGCCAGGGGGGACCAACGGCGAUACGCACUACUGGCGAAGUAAGUGCCGCUGGCGGCACAGGAGUGGCACUGGAGCCUGAACAAGGUACACCUACAUCAGCCGGUCCUAUUCCAUGCCGCACCGCGCACGGGUUGACGCCGUAUCCCCGCGGUAUGCGGGGCGCCUGCGGCAGCAGGGCGCCGGCGUUGCGAUUGGCUGAGAAGGGCACGCGCGCCGGAAAUGCGCUAGCGGACGGCCCAGGAGCUUUGCCGCGGAUUGCCGAGGAGCUCGAGGAGCCUGUUGCUGGUGGCGGUGCUGGUGGCGGUUGCGAUGGAAAUAGGCCCAUGGCAUCGCUGCAAUCGCGCGACGUGAUAUCUUCAGCUCCACUGGCAGCGACGCAACUAGAAGCUGCGGCAGAAGCCAUUAUUGACGGUGCAAAAGUCGUGGACGCCAGUUGUACCGCGUUGGACAAGGUGUCCGCUGCCGCCGCCGCCGCCAGAACCGCCGGCGGUGCAGUCCAGGAGCCGUCGAUUGAGCGCUGCCUUCCUGAGGGUCAGGACCCAGCCCGCCGUUUGCAGCAGCAGCAACAGCAACAACAGCAAAGGCAGGAGGAUCAGGAGGAUGAUAACGGACAAGGCGCCAUGCAUGGUCAGCAGCAGGAGGGGGCACCCGAGCAGCAGGCGGCUGCGCUGCUAAAGGAUGUAGAUGCGCCAACACCCGCUACGGUGGGCAUUGAAUGCGGGGUCCGGGGGCGUGGGGGAAAGCAAGCGGGGCGGCGACGGGUUCAGCGGCUGUACGAGGAGCCAGUGAUGCAGCACACUCCUCUGGCGGAAGACGGCGGCACGUCGACGGCCGCCAAUGCUACUGCGGUGGCGGAAGCGCCAUGCGGCGGUAGCAGCGGCGGCGGCGGCGUAGCUGAUGUUGAUGCGACGGAUGAGCAAGGCCCGUCAGCGGCCUCGCUUGCCGCUGCCGGGGAUAUGCAUGUCGUCUUGGAAGUGGCGGGGCCAGGAUUUAAUGCAGCACCGCCUGUAAGGGAGGGUGCAGGCGCUGCCGGGCCCUGUGUCGACGCCGAGCCAUACCUGGGGCUGCCUGCGACAUGCCAUGGGUCAACGGCCCUAGCUCUGCUAUCUCCGCCGGGUCCGUAUGAAAACGUGGGGGCAGCAGGCUGCGGAGCGAAUGCAGCCAAUGAAGCGAAGGCAGCGGCCAUCACAACGACUGUAAAGGCGGCUCUGGACGCAGAAAUGCUGGACGUUGAUGAGGCCGCUGCUGUUGCGCUCGCUGGUACAUCCGCUACCGCACCUGCUGUCGAUGAUGCAACGCAAGACCCCGUCCCCGCAGCAGCAGCCGCCGGCGCAGCAGCAGCAGCGGCAACGGCACAGCCGUCUCAUACACCGCCGACCUCGCGACCCGUGGGUCGUCGGGAACCGCCCCACCGAUCGGUUUCGCGUGUGGACCUUGACGCGGCGGCGCAGGAUACAACGCCCGGUGGCUUCGGCAUUUCCAUAGCCGAGGCAGCCAAGCUGCGGCGACAGAGCUCAGCUAUGAACACGCCGCUUGGGUGCAAGCUUACGCCGCCGCCCCGUGUGCCGCAAACCAGCAGCAAGGGAGCCGGUGGCGCCCCUCUGUCGGCCGCCAAGGGAACCGCCGCGGCCGCGCCGCUGGCAACGCUGCCUGCAGCAAACGUCCGGGACAGCGCCAGGAAGAAUCCGCCGUUCGGUACAACCAGCCGUACUGGGAGGACUCAGGCCACCGCGCCUGCCGCCACUGCCUCCGCUGCGGCUAAUCUGGGCACGGGUAUGGCGAUGCGCACCAGCUCCAGAACGCAGGGACGAGCGCCGCCAGCGGCCGCUGUCACUCCCUCCAAGGCUCAUUACGGGGCAGCCGCUGCGGCUGCAGCCGCUACCCCUUUGAGGCCCCAGCGUACGCCCGCUGCGAGCACGCCUGCUCAUGGCGUCAGGACCUCCUCCCGUGCAGAGCCCUUGGUCGGCCGCGCAUAUACGGCAGCCCCGGGCCAGCCGCGCCGGCAGCCGCCGCAGCCUCAACGGCCGCAGCAAGUCAACCGCCUGCCGAGAAAGCGGCGGGCGUGUGAUGAUGCUAGGGAGGAGGAGGCACCACAGGAGGAAACCGCGGGUGGUGCGCCGGGGGGCCCACACAGUACGACAACGACGACGGCCGCCACUGCGGUCACCACCGCUGCAACCGGCGCCGUCGCAGCCGCUGGCGAGAAUGCUUCUCGCCAGGACCACAUGCCAUUGCCACCGCAGAACAAGCGCCGCCGAAAGGGCGAUGCUUUUGUGCUUAUUGGAGUUUCGGAGGGCGCAAGUGUGAUGGCCGUCGGGACGGUGCAGGCAGAAUUAGCUGCAGCAGUGACGGCACCGCCGGCGGCAGCAGAGGCGGCGGCGGCAGCGACAGGCGGCGCUGUGCAAGAGGCGGCGGGAUUAGGGGGUAGGUCUUCGCAAGUAGAUGGAGCAGCGUCGGUGGACGCUAUGGCAGCCGAUGACAUGGAGCAGCGUCCAGGCCUUGCGGAGACGGAAGCCGAGGCACAGAGAGCCCAACGCGUCUCCCCCGCUCCAGGGGCGGCUGAGGGGCCAACAGCGGCGGCGGCUGAGGCGGAGGUCGCAGAGGGAGAGGGAGAAGCUGCUGAGGCGGCGGCCACGGACUAUGCUGUGUACUCGCAAGUGCGGGGCAUCGCAGAUGCGCUGGCGGAGGCGGCUGCUGUGGAUGCGAUGGGUGGGGACAGUUGCUGCGCUACAGAGCUGCAUGGUCAGGGUGGAACCGACAGCGGCAGGGCCAAGGGGCACGGUGGUGGCACAUCCGUGACCAUGACCCACGGGUCUGCUGCUGUUACCCCGAGCGUUGCAGAAGACGAGAUGCGGCUGUGGGAAGUUGACACGAUAAUGGAGGAAGAGCAAGGGGAGGAGGAGGCGGAAGCUCGCAGCGCCGAGGAGGGAGGCAGAACGGAACGGGAGGUGGAGGACAAAGGGGAGACGCAUGGGGCGGCGCUUGAGGAACAGGAGGAGGGAUCAGAAGCCCCUCGCGCUGGCCAAGCUAGCGCUGCACAUGGCCCUCAAGACGAAGGGUGCCGUAUGGAGGGUGGUCCUGCAGAUGCGCCCCAAGUCCACAUUUGUACUGAGUCCGCUGCUGCGCCCCCAUCUCCAGCCCACUCGCUCAUCAGCCCGGAUAGGCGGCUGGUGAAGCGCACGCCGCAACAGGAGCACCUGCAGCAGCAGGAGCAACCAGGAUUGUCUCCAAAAGAGGGCUGCAGAGGGACAGCAGACGAUGGCGGUGAAGGUGAUAAUGCUGUUCCUCAGGCCGGUAAAGGGGCCCGGGGGUUAUCCGCAGCCGGCGGGAAUCUUGCUGGGGAUCAUGUGCAGCAGCCCCAGCUCCGCCACGGAGAUGCUACUACGACAGCUGCAGCAGCGGGAGAGCAGCUUCCGGAUGGCGCUGCUGAUGGUCAUGCGACUGACGAAGGUGCAUGCGGGGACGAGCGGGCUGCGCGCUUGUGCAGCAGACAGGGCAGAAAGAAGGGCGGGAGAGCCGGAGGCACUGGUCAGGGGCGAAAGCAGCAGCGGAAACAGGAAGCAGACACCGUCGGUGAUGCCGUAUGUCAUGACAGUACUGGUGAGGAGUGUGAGGAUCAGAAGGAGGCGGCUCAAGAACACGGCCUAGCCUUGAAAAAAGACGGCCCGGUAAGGGACGGGGCCGGAGGCAACUUGUCGCCCGUAUUGCACAUUCGCCGAAGCGAGCGACUGCGACCGGGUGUCAGUGUCCAGCCGCCACCGGUAUCGGCGGCGGCUGUGGCGGCAGCGCCAUCGAAAACCACGCGGUCUCAUAACCGGGCCGGUGCGCAAGCUGGCGCGUCCAUGGGGCCGGUGGCCGCGGUGCCGGUUUCGAGCGUGAGCACUCGAGGGGCUGCAAGGCGGCAGGCAGCAGCUGCACCGUCGGAGAGCGACGACGCGACGCCUAGCACCCGACGGCCAGCUGCUGCCAAGCGCGUCGGAGCAUGCCAGACAGUAGGAGAGGAGGGCGAGGAGGAGGGUGCACAGCGUGGAGGGGAUCGGCCGUCUAAGCGGACGCGGCGGUAA